GAGCAGCUACUCGCCGUUAGUGCACGAGCAAUGCUCCCUUGCGUUGUGCGCGCGCGCCGAAACUACAUCCGUUCAUAUCUCACGGUAAAACGUGCAGGCCUGUGGAUCGCGUGUCCCGGUUAGUCGGGUGAUGUAAUCCGUGAUUGACGCGGUGCUUUUGCUUCCUAAUGCCACCGAAAUAUAAGGCCGUCCGUCACAUGCAGCAACAUUCGUCUGCAGCCGGCGGUAAAUGCAGCUCGUGGGCGCAAAGCGAAACCAAAAAUAACGAGUACGCUACGCGUGCGCGCUGGCUCGUGCCCCGUUCGGACGGGCAGUCGUCGUUUUGGCGUCCGCGAUGGACGCGGUAGAGCAAAACCAGGUCGUCCGCAAGCCCAGUGCGUGUUUCGAGAGGACGUUUUCCUUGUUAACGGUGGACGACGUCUACGAAAUCGCCAAGCAGGUCGGCUACGAGGUGGAGAGGCUGAUCGACAGCUGCGGCGCGGCCGGGGUGCAGGGCUUGGUCUCGAAGAUCGUGAAGGUGUUAGAGCACCUGGAGAGCUUCGUGGUCAGGAACCAAACGCAGAGCGCGCAGGAGGAGGAUCUGCUCAAGGCGUUCGAGUCUCUGCAGGAGCAGCAGAAAAGGCGCAGCACGAAAGAGUGCGAGAGCCACGGCACGGAGCUCCGGGACUGGCAACAGAAGGAGCAGAAAUGGCAACUGAGGUUAGAGGAAGUGCAGGCUCAGGUGCUACAGCUGCAGGAGGAAAACCAGGAGCUGCAGGGUCAUCUGCAAAGUUCCCUGUCUAAAGAAGACCAUUCGCAGCGUCAGGAGAGGGAGGUGAUGAUCAAACUCAAAGAGGUGGUGGACAAACAACGCGACGAGCUCAGAGCCAAAGUGCAAGAGAUAUCCAACAUGUCUAAGGAGGUGGAAGCGCUGCAGGAACAGUUGGAUCGCUUUCUGAAGAUGAACAGUGAGCUGAGACACAGACAGGGCCUGAUGGAGGCUCAGCUCAGGAGCGCCGUGGAGACACGGGCCCACCUGGAGACUGACCUGUGUGAGAAACACAAGGAGAUCCAGCGUCUCACAACACAGCUAGAACAGGCCAGUGCACAGUCUGCUGCCAGCAUGAGCAGCACAGCCAUUGACCUCACGGAUAAGAUGAUCGUUGACCUGAAGGACCCGAACCGGCCCUGCUUCACCAAGCAGGAGGUGCGGGAUAUGCUGUUUGAGCGGAACGAGCUGAAGGCCAAUCUCUUCCUGGUGCAAGAAGAACUCGCCUACUACCAGAGGGAGAUCCUGAAUGAAGAGAGAUGUCCAGGAUUCCUGCUGGAGGCAGUGCGCACUGCCAUAAAGAAGCAGAGGACCGUGAUCAAAGCCAAAAUGCUUGGAAUUCCACAGGACAUAUGCAGCAGCACUGAAGAGCCGCGUCCGUCGUUUGAGCAGAGGGACACUGUGGACAACAGUGUCAACUGUACAGACAGUAAACCCGCAGAAUCCCGCAUCAGAAACCUUUUUGGCUUCCUGACUCGCCCGAGCAGUGCUAGCAGCCGGCAGGAGUCCAGCCCCGUCUGGGAGAUCAUCAACCCCGACGAGCAGGAACCAGAGAAGGACGCCGAGCCCUGAGAGCUACCUGCCCCGCCCUUGCCCCGCCCCCAGCCAACAGUGUCCCGCCCCCGCCCCGCCUCCUCUGACCUACCCAGCUAAAGGCAACACAACACAUGGAAGUGUACAGAUUCUAUACUGCACCAGUGCUUCAGGGUUUUUAAUCUACAAUCUACAGUAAGCCAAAGAAAAGAACAGAGAGGCUAUAGAUAACAUGAGUUUACUCUCUCUCUCUCUCCCCCUCUCUCUCUCUCUCUCUCUCUCUCUCUCUCUCUCUCUCUCAGAAAUGUCUAGUGGUUAAAUGCAGCAAAGGAAUGCAAUGGAUAAACAAAAAAAUUACAAUGCUCUAUUUUAUAUACUAAAAUUCUAUAUUUGAAACCUAUAUUUUACCCAUUUUAUGUGUUUUACAAAGAUCUUAAAUUGCUAUUUUUCUAGAGAGUUUAUUUUUUUCUUUAGUUAAUUUAUUUUAACCAAAGAUGUAAAAUUAACGUCAACCCUGCCAGUACCCUUAAUGACGAUACAGGCUUAAUUAAAAUAACUAGUAUGGUCUGCUCGCCUGAGACGAUUCUGCUCUGUUUUUAGCAUGUCUUGUGAAGUUAUCUAAAAUAUUUUCAAACAGUAUAAAACUCAUUACAGAAACAUGCAGUAGCUUCUCUGCAGAAUAAAUCUUUAGUAGAAGAAGAAUGGGUAAUUGUUCAUGUAAAUAUAUUUGAACUUGGUUUGUGCUAUAAUUAUAUAUGAAAUGCAAAUCGCAAUAAUACACAAGACUUUUGCUCUGAAACUGCAGUUUGGUUGAAAGCUGUAACAUUUCUGUAUUUCUGAAUGUUCACUUAUUUGACUUAAACGCCAGCACUAAACUGGAUGUGUUGGAAGACCAAAGAUUUUGGAAACAAGAUUUGCCAAAUGUAUCUAAUGUAUUCAUGAGAUAUCUAUUUGUGCACAUGUGUGUGUGUGUGUGUGUGUGUGUGUGUGUGUGUGUGUACGCACGUGUGUGUGUGUCGUCUGUAUGGUAGUCAUUAGGUGUUUCCUCAUCAUUGAGAGGAAGCCUCUCUUUGCUUUAGAGGAAACCAGAGAUCAUGUGGCAACUCUUGGACCACAAUCAGCAAAAAAAGACGUUGACCUUUGUCCUGUACACCAAACCUCCUGCAUACUACAGGACUUACUGCAGGAUGGGACUUUCAGCAAACUUUUAUUUUCAUAUGACCAAGUGUGUCAUUGAUCUGUAUAUCCAAAUAAAAGUGUCGUUACGUCCUGA